UUAGCUGGUAUUGGCCUUGUCACUUGUCAGGCAAUUUCGAUUUUAUACGUACAAUCCACAAACGAAUUAGUUAAAGAGUUGCUACUGUUGUCUACAACGGCACACAUAACAAUAAAGAUCCUCUUAUUUAAUUCGCAUCGUCAACACUUUUUCAACAUUUUGGAUAUCAUGAAGACAGCAGAUAAGCGAAUUGAAAAUCAUGACGAUAUCUACGCAAUGAAGAAUGUUUUCGCGUAUUGUCGUCGAAUCAUUAUAUUUUUUUUCUGUUCUUAUAUUGGAUCUCUGCCGCCAUUGUUUCUCGAACUCAUUUUUCUAGAUAAAACCGAGUGCACAUGGAAGUCAACGGCUCUAGUUCCAUACGAUUUUGCUCAACAGCCAAUUGUUUAUUACAGCGUUUUAGUUGUUCAGGCGAUUGGCAAUUGCUUAAAUUGUAUCAUAGCAUGUACAUCUGACACUUUUGGCUUUUUACUUAUCAGUUUAUUAUGUGGUCAUAUCGAAGUAUUGUCGUUGCAUUUGAAAAAAAUUGGAAAUUUCGAAAGGCGAUCGGCGAAUGACUCGAAUCGAUUGCGACUGUUGGAACAACUCAAUCAUCAUGGUCUGCUAACUGACUAUGCAACCGAAUUGAAUAACCAUCUUUCCGCAAUAUUUUUCGUUCAAGUAAGCAUCAGUGCACCCAUCAUAUGCACUUGUGCAUACCAAUUUUCCCAGGCUCAAAACUUUACCACCACGCAAUUGAUAUUCCUUGCCAGCUAUACCAUCGGAAUGCUAUUACAAAUCAUCACCCCAAGCUACGCUAGUACAAAUUUGAUGGACAAGUGUGACUUAUUACCGGUUGCUAUUUUUUCUUCGGAAUGGUAUGAACUUGGGCCGAGUGAAAAGAAAAGUCUAUUGAUAUUCCUCACAAGAUCAAUACGACCGUUUGUUAUGAAUGCUGGAAAUUUUUUCAAAAUGGAUAUCAACACCUUCAUAAAGAUUGUGAAAACGGCUUAUUCUCUAUUGGCUGUUUUGCAAAGCACUCAGCCAUAAAUUAUGUGGCCCAUAAUAUUGAUUCUUCUACAGAAGGUCAAAUGAAGGACAACUAAAUGUGAAGGAAUCCAAUAUGGAAUUCAUAAUGUUGCAAGAGUUGUGCUUUUGUUAUAAACAGUAUGACGCACUUUGGAGCACUUCUUUCUGUAGAAACAUAUAACA